GGAUUCGAAGAUUUCGGGAAUUGACUUUUUCUAGACACAUUUUGCCAAUGGGGCGUAUUUUAUCUCCAACUGAAUCAACGCACAGUGAAAAAACACAGUACUUCGACGCACUCCAGAGCACUUCAUCCAGCAGUCAGGGGCAAAGCGUCGCGAUGCCAGACAACUCAGGCAACACCACUCGUACACCAAACGGUAACAUCUCAGGCUCAAAGGUCCCCCCGCCCCCGAAGCUAGAUUUUAGCGUUGAGGAUAGCGAUCCCGAGUUCACGGGGCGUCACAGUGAAGAUCUUUCAGACCGCAGGUCUCCAUCCCUCCAAUCACUUCCCAUAUGGACGGAGGACAGAGACGAGGAUGCACCUCUCGCUGGCAGUAUGGGCGGCGGACGCAACACUUCGCUGGGAAGAAAAGCUUCAGUGCGCACAACAAGAAGCAACCGCACCACGAGGUCGGUGGCAGAGGCGACGGCGGCGUUUCAGAGCGGAUCAGUCCUCACCGGCCCAAACGCCGAGCCAGAUGUAGAUGCAGCCGUGGCCCUCCGGGGCGUCAUCGCUGAGAGGUCCCUGAGCAAGAAACAGAAAGAAAAAAUCGUCAAGGAUGAGCAGCGAGAGUCGAAGCGGUUUUCUAAGCUUCUGAAGACAGAGUCUAAGUUGGAACAGGCUGCGUUGGAACGGGCUCUCAAGUCUCUCGCGGCCCUACAAGAUCUUCACAAGUCCGCGUGCAAACUCGAAGCGAAAGCAGAGGGAGCCUACUCCAAGUCACUCUUGGCCGCCCAGAAAGCCGAGAGCACGUUCCUUGAAGCAAGGGCUCGCGCUGAGGAGGAGCGUGCGCGGUGGGAGGGCAAGAAAGGGGAGGUCAAGGCCCAAGAGGAACGCUUGGAAGCGGAGAGGGAAAAUGUAAGGGAGAUGGAGGACCGCAUGGCGGAAUGCGCCCGCGAGAUUGAGAAAUUAAGAAUCUUAAAGGCCACAGACGAGAGAGAAAGGCAAGCCAAGAUGGCAGAGAUGUUGGGAAAGAAAACAUGAAGAGGUAUUUCGCAUCUAUCAUAUUCAUCAUGAUACCAUGAUGCAGGUCACCAUCAAUAUGCU